UUCCCGUGGGAGGGGUAGCAGCAUUCAGCGGUUACGCGGGGCGGAGCGGAAGGGGGAGGGGGAAGAGCUUUUAAGGGUCGGGCCGUUCUUUUCUUGGGAGUCGCUUGGCUGCUGCAUCAAUGGGGUGAAUUAAAGAAUUUGGAAGGCGAGGGAGUGAGAAAGGAGGUAUUUGCAGGCAUUCGAGGUCGUAAAGGCGCGAGCUUGCCGACAGAGGAGGGUUGGAGAGAGCGCAGGGUUCUGGGAAUCGAGGUCUCUCAUGGCGUUUGUUUCGGCGUCUCCGGCGAGCCGGCCGAGCGAGACGCUGGAGGCAGGUUGGGGAGAGGAGGGGCUGUACGAGGAGCUGUGGAAGGCGUGCGCGGGGCCGCUGGUGGAGGUCCCGCGGGGGGAUGAGAGGGUGUUCUACUUCCCACAGGGGCAUAUGGAGCAGCUGGUGUCGUCAACGGAUCAGGAGUUGGACCAGCAGAUUCCCCUGUUCAAUCUUCCUCCAAAGAUCCUCUGCCGCGUCGUUAACAUCCAACUGAGGGCCGAGCCUGAAACGGAUGAAGUCUACGCUCAAAUUACUUUACUCCCGGAAGCGGAUCAGCAAAGCGAGCCUACAAGUCCUGACCCAUGUCUUCCCGAGCCACGGAGACCGACGGUCAACUCAUUCUGUAAGAUUUUGACAGCAUCGGACACGAGCACGCAUGGGGGCUUCUCGGUUCUUCGCCGACAUGCGACCGAAUGCCUUCCUCCUCUCGAUAUGUCGCAGGCAACCCCGACUCAGGAGCUUGCUGCCAAGGAUCUCCAUGGUUUCGAAUGGCGAUUCAAACACAUCUUUAGAGGUCAACCACGGAGACAUUUGCUUACAACCGGUUGGAGUACGUUUGUAACUUCUAAGAGAUUAGUCGCUGGUGAUGCAUUCAUUUUUAUGAGGGGGGGAAAUGAAGAACUGUGUGUUGGUGUGAGACGCCUUGCUCGACAGCAGAACACAAUUCCAUCUUCUGUGAUAUCGAGUCAGAGCAUGCACCUUGGAGUGCUUGCGACUGCAUCGCAUGCUGUCUCAACUCACUCUCUUUUCACGGUAUACUACAAGCCCAGGAUUAGUCAAUUCAUUGUCCGUGUUAACAAGUAUUUGGAGGCGGCUAAAAAUGGAUUCGCAGUUGGGAUGAGAUUUAAGAUGAGAUUCGAGGGAGAAGAUGUUCCGGAGAAAAGGAUUACCGGGACCAUAACUGGAGUUGGAGAUAUUUCUUCUCAAUGGGCAGGAUCUAAGUGGAGAUCAUUGAAGGUACAAUGGGAUGAAGCCACUAGCAUUCAGAGACCAGAAAGGGUUUCACCAUGGGAUAUUGAGCCAUUUACUGGUCCUAUGACUGCCUUAAAUGUUACUCAACCAGUGUUUAUGAAGAAUAAGAGAUCUCGCUCGCCCUUGGAUCUCUCAAGUUUGGAAGCUUCUUUGGGAUUCUGGCGUAGAGGAAAAACGCAAUCGCAGGAAUUAGGUCCAUUGAACGCCACUGAUGCCCAGACACCUGAGAUGCAGGUUGUCUGGCCGCAUAGACGAAAAGAAAGCAAUGACUCUAAUUUCAUGAAUAGCCAUAGCCCAUGCAACACAAGAUUAGCAGAUUGUUGGUUAAAGGAUCUCCAUUAUCCACUAAAGAGUUCAUCAUCAUUGAUGGCUGAUGUUUCUCUGAAGUUGUUUGGGGAUGUAAAUGGAGAGACAAAGGCUAUCCAUCCUUCAUGGCCGCAUAUGUCUGGAUGCAUGAAUGAGGAGCCUUCAUUGAGGUUGGGUAACAACACAGAAAAAUGGAAGAAACCUGAGAGUAGCAGCAGUUGCAGGUUAUUUGGGAUUGAUUUGGUCAACCCCUCCGGUGGCAUUGAGACGGCAACAGUUGGCCAUAUUAGCUUAUCAAGUUACGCCAUGGAGGAUCCUCUUCAGGUGACUGCAUCACUCGAAGACUCGGACCAGCACCCGGAGAAAGCACCCAAAGAGCCAAAACAAGAAUUGCAGGUAUCUCCAAAGGAGAUACAACGUAAGCAGAACUGUUCUACGAGAAGCCGCACCAAGGUUCACAUGCAAGGAAUUGCGGUUGGUCGAGCUGUCGAUCUAACAAAUUUGGAAAGCUACGAUGACUUAAUACUGGAGCUGGAGGAGAUGUUUGAGAUCAAAGGAGAGCUACACCAUCGGAACAAAUGGGAAGUGGUAUACACAGAUGACGAGGGUGACGUGAUGCUAGUAGGCGACGAUCCCUGGCCGGAAUUCUGUAAGAUGGUGAAGAAGAUAUACAUAUACACAAGUGAAGAGGUAAGAAAGAUGAGGCCCAGGAGCAAGAUAUCUGCAGCUCCAGCAUCAGAAGGUGAAGGUGGUGGUGGAGCUACUAGUGCUGCUCUUCAGAAAGAGAAAACUGAAAGCGUCCAGAGCUAGACGGUAGUGGGGCUUUUAGUUUAGUCUUUGAUUUUCCUUGUCAUUCUAUUGGUUGGGGGUUUUACUAACACAGUAUUAGAAGGGACUUUAUCAUGCGUGCAAGCCAUCGACAGGAAUCAUGCUAAUAUGCAGCUCAGUUUUUUUUGAAGAGCCUCGAACAAAUUCGGGAAAGGGUGAAAGGAUUAAAGAAAUGAAGCUGUUGAUGAUUGGAUACUUUCAGCAGCAUUUAGGUUUUAGGAGAGAAGGGGGGUAUUGUCAAAAGGAGAGGUGGUAAAGAAAAGUGGAAGGAAUGAUUUGGUUGUGAAUAUUAUGAUCUUAUGGGAUUAUAUAUUAGCAUGUUGUCUUUUUUUAUAUAUAAUUAUUUUUCUCUUUUCUUUCUGGAUUCCUCUGUUGUGAGGUAUAAGCUCUGUAAAUAUAUGAUUACUUCCUGUGUGGUGCAGCGCCAUUUGGAAGUGUUGGGACGACUCGUACGAUCUUGUGAACUGUCGAUGUUCUUGCAACUCGUGUUCUGUGUGUUUCGUAGUCCAUUUGAUGGGGACAGAGACGAGCGCUGAUGGUUGCCUGGUCUCGGCUGCCUUGUCUCCGACAGCAAAUAUCGCCCUCGAGCCGUGCCAGUUUGGGCGACAGCAUUGCUGUGCCGGAACAGUUGGGCCAAGAUUUUCAACGCUCUUGCUGCAAUAUAAUGGUUUGUUUGACAUGUUUCAUUAGAAUGCAAUGGUGCCAAAGAUUCAGAGCUGCAUCUUGUAAAUCAUGAACAUUAAAUUGGGGAAGUCUCGGGAUGCUUGGGAAAGCAAGCUUGUUCGUAUUUUAUACUGUAAUGUGCCAUGGCAAAGGUGGUCUUGCAUCACAGUGUGUACCACCCAGAAUGUAGAACUGUAGGCAUAAUGUGCUUCCAAGAUCCCAAUACAACAUAAAGUAUAGGUCCAUCGCUCCAACUUAAGCAGAUAAGACAAGCUGAUUAACCAACCCUAGUCUCAUAAUUUCUAAACCACCUGAGAGUUUAUGGUAAAACCUCCCAAGCAGUAAAAUUUUGAGCUAAUAGAAUCUGACAGAGAGAUUACAUAAUACAAGUAAUACAUAACAAAUGUCCUUUGCCGACAAAUUUGACAUGGAAUAAAACA